CUUACAAUCCAGGGUGCCAACUUGUUUGUUUCAUUCGAUUUUCGCAGCCCCACUUCGUGAAUUUUUCUGAUCCACAAUAAGGAUCUCCUUUUUCGAGAGAAGUUCCGCAUUUGAAAUUUCGAACGUAUUCAGGCAAUGCAUUAAUCGCCUCAUUCGUAGAUAGUCCCGAGGAAUCAGGUAUUUCAUCCCUCAUACUUGCCAUUAGACCUUCAUUUGAGUGAAAUGCAGCCAUUCCCAUUUCUUCCAGUGCGGCGUAUGCUCCUAAUCGAUUUUUGCCAGCUCUUCCCCCGUAAUGUAUAAGCAUUGCAGCGGGUCUACUUUCCGAAAUACCACCCCGGUAGGAAAAAUGAAACAAUUUCGAAACGUCGUUGCCAUCUGUCAUUCCAUAAUCCCAAGAGAAGAAAUCAACAUCCUGUCCAAAUAUUUCUUUCCAGCACAUGGAAACAUCUGUCGCCGAAUGCGUUCCUCCCAUGGCAUAGUUUCGUCCUUCGAACUCAAUACCAAUUGAUCCGAAAAUAUCCUUUACAUCCCUUUCCAUAUAAGCAGUGUACGAUUCAUUGAAUAAGUUUCCAUGGCCCGCAGCGGCCGAAUGCCCUCCAGUUGCCCAGACAUAUUUUUCAAAGAAAGCUGUUGAAUCGAUGUCCUCGUACAACAAAGAGGGAUCGUCUUUUUCUUCCACAUUAUUCCGUAACGCCUUACCCGUCUCACUUGUACAGUCGCACCCAGUAGAAUACGAAUCCUGUUUCUUGAUUUUUGAUUGCAUCGACAGGAUCUUUAUCAUUAACUUUCGUUUCAGUCGUUGAAGGGAUGGUCCUUCGUCUGUAGCACCGAUGCAGGGGCGAUAUUUUCCGUUCUCGCUAUUCACAAAGAUUGACUCAAAAUAUUCUCCAUAAUCCUUGCGAAGCUUUUGCAACAGUCGCUCUUUUUCUGCCGAAGCUAGUUUUAGUAGAGCCUUAGAGUCCGUUAGGUCACCCCGAAAGACCUCCGCGCGCUUCUGGCGCCGUUUGCCACAAAUCGACAGGCAAAUCUCGUUUGAAUCUCGCUUAAUGGGCUGCGGUGUUUGAACUUGAGCGCUAUCCUUCGAUGUUGGUGUUUGUGUUCGAUCUUGGGCAUGAUCCGACUUCGUAGAAAGAGUUUCCGAUUCCGUUACAGCCGGUUUCUUUGGCUGUGGUGUUUGAAUUUGAGCACUGUCCACCGAUGCUGGUGUUUGUGUUCGAACUUGGGCAUGAUCCGACUUCGCAGAAAAAGUUUCCGAUUCCGAUACAACCGACAAGAAAACGAAAAGGGCAACAAUUCCAAUUGUCGAAAAUAUAAUUGUUUGCAGCUGCCUACGGGGUCCACCUUCUUUGACUAAAGGUCUUUUCUGAAGACCCAUGAUACCUUUGACGAUGGCUGCGGAGGCGGUCUUUCCCCUCCGAAAUUAUCGUCUGUAGCGUGGGUUCUGCGGGAUUUUGGAUUUUUCGUACUCUCAAGGCCGGGUUCUGUUUCUGCUUCCUUCAGUACCUCACAGAUUCUUCUACACUCUGGAAGUUGUGUAGAAUAGGCGUUUUGGUUCUUCCCGACGACUUCUAGAGUGUAGAGAUGAGAAAUGACUAAUCUCGAUAGGUCGUCUAUUGGGGUCGUCGAUAGAAUUUGGGCUUAAAAACGAUGUGACCACUAAUUCGAAUCGUAAUGGGUCGGGUAUCGUACGAGUACCCUACGUAUUGUAAGUACGUACCGGCCUGUAUGAAUGACUACUGUACUUGACUGUAAUUACGAUCACUACCGUAGUACUGUACAGUACUAGAGAAAGGCAAGGGAGGCAACUACUGUAGGUACCAGGUAGUACUACUCCUAGUAGAUCGUACUCAGCAGAAGUAUCAACGACUAAUUAUGAGUAGGUACUACCACCUACCACGUAUCUAAUAGUCUAGGAUACGUACUCGUACUUUUCGUACCCAAAAAGUAAAGUUGAUGGUACGUACGUACUUUCCCCCUGCCUGCUGCUCCAAAAUAAUGAGUGUGAUAAAAACCUGGUAAAAACCUAAAAUGAAGAAAAAUAUGAUCAAGUUUUCUUUUUGUCCCCUUUUCUGUCGACCACGAAUUCAACCAGUUUUCCUAAGCAAGCCGUACAUACGGUACGUUCUCUGUACGGUACGAGAGUGAGUUCGUUCUUCAAAUCUCGCGUUUCGAUCAGGAAACAGACGACACCUUGACAAGGAGCGCUACCGUGCAAUUCAGUACGACAAAAGUCGACAAACCCAUCGAGAGUGAUCAGCAGCAGCCUUGGCUCAUUCCUGGAAAUUCUAUUCAUUGCCGAACGCCGUAGAAAAUGCAGGGUCAGCAGAACGAUGGAAGUGGCUCAUCGGAGAGCAUCGCGGCGACCACCAACGGCGAGAGGAACAGCGGUGACAGCAGUGGGAAGGCGUUUCGAUCCGUUUUGCCUCAUGAACCUCUUCCGGCUGGAAGCAGCUGCGAUGACCAAAGAGGAUACGUGCAUUUGCAGGGAGCAUUUGAGCCUAAACGAAAGGCUUCACCGAAUACUCAGCAAUCCGAACCAAGCCCCUACUGGAAGUCGUCGGAAGCACUAGAAGAAGCCAUUUUAUUGGCGCUUCGCGAUCAUUACAAGCGGCUUCAAUUGCCCUUUCCCGUGUUGUCGGUUCGUGUUUCGGAUGGCAAGAACCUUUCGAGGUUGCGGCUGGAAUAUAAUUGUCCGUAUGAAGCGCUUCAAAUUCAGUAUGCAUUCCGAGACCAGCGAAUAUCGCCCCAAACAAUACUGGCACCAAUUGUAAACUCUCGCGGUGAUUGUGUAACAUCGAAAUCCGAUGGUUGCGCAUUGUUUGGAUCUCGACCGUGCCAGGCUACCAUGAUCACGACUACGCCUCUGCCCAAAGAUACGUCGUCGUUCUGGCCAAGGUCGAAUCCACCUCAGUUCCGAAGACUCUUACACAACCGAGGAGACGACGAACAGGAACGAAGCCAAACUCGGUUUGUCUACGUGACUGGAUUGAUCGACAACAACAACGACAGCGAGGUAACCACAGGAAGAACACUAUCGGACUGGUGGGGAAAACCAUAUGCUGUGUAUCGCGCCUUGCGACAGGUCUUUGGCACCGAUAUCGAAAUUUUCCUUCCCAAAAAACAAAACCGUAAGCAGCAACUGAUUCAAUCGUGUCACCUCGGAUUGAGAUCGGCAAGCGACGCCCAGCGCAUAGUUCGAGAGUACCAGGGGCGGGUUGUCGCAUGGAAUGACGGCACCAAGAAAACCAGUGAUCAGCAGCAGUCGAACGAAGGGGAAAUACACAGUGGGCAACUCUUUCUGGAUUACGCGACAAUCACGCAGAAAUCAAAGGCGAAAGAAAAAGGAGAGUACGAAAAAGGCAAGGGAGACGCUUCCCGCCCUGAGUGCACGUCCACUACCUCUCAUGUUCACGUGCCCGGAUUGGUUGUCGUCGAAAACUUUCUUACCGAACCAGAAGAAAAGAUUUUGUUGGCAAUAUUAACGGGUCCACAGGCACCGUGGGCUCCGCAGCAAACCAACAAAAGUCAGACAGGCGCUGUCAAAAGACUGGUCCAGCACUACGGGUAUGUUUUUGAUUAUCAAACCGCUGAUGUCUUGCGGAGAGAUGAAAACACUCCCUUUUCUGCCAACUGUCCCCCCAUGCCAGCCAUCGAGACGACAGCUGAGAACAACGAUCCGAUAAGUAUGGACGAUUUGAUUCGACAAGGAAGGGGGUGGGAAGUUUUGGCACAGAUUGUCGAGAAGACAAGGCGACACGAAUUUGAAACAGAGCCUCCCUCCUCCGAUGAAGAGAAGAGCGACGGACCAAACAGCCAAGAAUCAAUGACCAGGAAGAUGACUUUUCCUCACUUGAAUCAAAUGACAGUAAAUCAAUACAAGCCAGGAGAAGGCAUCGGCUCUCACAUAGAUACACCCUCCGCAUUUGGUGAUGGAUUAAUCAGCAUAAGCUUGAACAGUGGCAUUGUCAUGGAAUUUACGAAAGUCGGAGCCAAAACCGAAGGCGAGGCUCGCGUCAAAAAGCUUGUGUACCUCCCCCGCAGGUCUCUUGUGCUCAUGGCCGGUCCGGCACGCUACGAGUGGGAACACCAAAUCGUGACGCGGCGAACGGACACGCACGACGGAACGACCUCGCCCCGGGGCCUGCGCGUGAGCCUAACACUGCGAACGGCAUUGUCGUUGGAUGGUUCGCCGCUGGAUUUCUUCGAAUCGAGCGUCUUUCCCCCGGUCUGGGGAGGCAGCGACGACGGGAAGCGCGGCCCGCCUGGCUCAAACGGCAAUGCACUGGUGACACCGAGCACGGAGCGCAACCACGUCCACGCGGUCUACGAUGCGAUUGCAACCCAGUGGCACCACACACGGGGAAAGAGAGGAGUUCUCUGGCCGAGUGCCACACAGGUAAGAUGCUGUGUGUUUGUCUCCUUGGCCCGCUCCGUGGGGAUUCCAUACGCGCGUUGGUCUCGGAACGGUUCCGGGGCCUUUGCCGGCCCUUUUUUCUCACGCGUUUCGCGAUGAUCGUGUUUCGGUUUUGUUUUUGUUUCUGUGUUCCACGCAGUUUGUUCAGAACCUGCCGGAGGGUUCCAUCGUUGCGGACGUGGGCUGUGGAGACGGCAAGUAUUUUCCCGCAAUCUGGGAGGCCGGUUCCUACGUCAUCGGGACCGACAUCAGCCUUCCGCUCCUGGAGAGCUCGUUCGACGAAUCGAGCGGCAGCACGGUGCCAGGCACCCGAACCGUUAGCGGCUACCGACAAUCCCUGCAGAAGCGACCCGCCGUGGCGGUCGCGGACGCCAUGACGGUGCCGCUGCGAAGCGACAGCUGCGACGCCGCCAUUUGCAUAGCGGUGAUGCACCACCUUAGCACGACCGAUCGCCGACUGCGGUGCCUAGAGGAACUGGAACGGAUCGUCGGGAAGGGCGGGAGAAUCCACGUCCAGGCGUGGGCCAUGGAACAGGCCUCCAACAGCAAGCGGCGGUUUGCGGCACCCGACGUCUUUGUCCCGUUCAACGCGCAGCCGAAAUACCUGGACCGGGUGUCCGGCGGGGCGGGGGGUCCCGAACCCGAGUCGCACGGGUCCGGUGGCAACGAUUCGGUGGCCCCACACGGUCCUUCCAAGAGCGUCGCCGAGCUGUACUCGGAAGCCUACGAGAAGGCGGACUUCGACGAGCGCAAGGGGCUCGUGGUCUUUCAGCGGUACUGCCACAUGUAUCGCGAGGGAGAACUGGAGGACCUCGUCCGCCGGGUUCCCGGUCUGCGGCUCGUCGAAAGCGGAUACGAAAGCGGAAACCAUUACGUCAUUCUAGAGGUAGUGGCGAAAUAAUAAUCUUUCCAUUCGGGAAUCGGUUGGCAAGCUGCUAGUUUUCUUUAGUCAAACACCGUAGCGGAGUUGUACGAUAGUCU